AUGAUUGCGGGCCAGGAUGUGGAGGCCUGCGUCAAAUGCAUCAAAUUCUUGGAGCAGCCGGGGGUCGACCAGCUCGCGCGGGAGCUGGACUUGUGCUCGCAAGUUUUCGAAGGGCUUUGUGGACAUCCGAGCUGGGUCGAUGCUUGCUACAGCUACUCGAAGACUUGGGGAUUGCAGCUGGAAGCGCGGGCAGACGACACUUCCGCAUUGGGUGGAUCUUUUGCAGCAGUAGAGGGAACAGUGGAGGUGGUUUCGACUGACACUGUCAGCAGCUUUGCUCGUGCUGUUGAGGAUGCAGGCGCCCUUUCAGAGAGGGUUGAGGGUGCUGAACAUCCAUUCUGCACCUCCGCCCUCGGUCUCAGGGAUGGACCAUGUGGGACCGAAGCCGAAGCGCCCGUAGGGGCCCCAACGGACAGGCCAGCCGAGAAGGACGAAGAGGGCAUUCCAUGGCAACGUCUCGAGUCCAGGAGGAAGCCAGGCCUCUUCUACUAUUUCAACCCGCUGGACGGCUCGCAUGAGAUCAAGCCGCCGGUCGUCGAAGCUCCGUGGCAGCUCUGCCGGUCCAGGUCGGUGUCAGGUCAGUACUACUAUUACAACCAGGCCUGCCCGACCGCUGGCAUGUUUUCCGAUGCAUCCAGGUCUACAAAAACCCAGAGUCAUGAAUGUAACUGUUCGGUUCGGAUGCGGUUUUGCAGAAGCGUAUCAGGUUCAUGCGGCUCGGUUCACGGUUCCUGGCGGUUCCUAAAUCAAAUUUCUUCAACCCUUAACAAAACAGCUGCCCUUACACACAUCCCAGAUGGUGCUGCCGCCUGUUUCUACUACCGCCGCUACUUCUCGUCUACUGCUACUUAA